AUGUGUCUGCCGCUCCUGCUGGCGCUCGUGCUAUGGACGGCUGGCGCCGCCUCCAAGCGCCCUGCACGAGGCUGCCUGGUGGACGUGAAUAACAGAUCCGUGACGCCCAACCCACAGCCACUACUGCUAAUGCCCAGUAGCAGAAAAGGCUUGCACGGCUUCGUGAAGCCAGACUCUUCGGGAAUAAUCUCGCUCAGUUAUAACCAGAAAAUCACCCUGGCGUGUCCUGGCAGCAGGCUCCGGCUCAUCAAUGGACAGCAAGAGACAGCCUCCUGCGUUUCGGCCUCCACUUUCAAAGUCAAAAGACGGCGAUACGCCUUUGCUGACCUCGACUGCCUGUCCCCGCCAGAGCAAUCGGCCCAGGUGACGGGCAGAAAGUGUGGCAGCAAACGUCAGUACCAGAUGAUCCGACUUGGCUACCAGGUCGGCUCAGACUUCUACACACUCAUUGAUGUCUGCUUCGACGAUCGCUCCUACAAUACAGUCUAUGACAGUUUCACAAUGGUCGCCAACAUAGGGGGCAAGCAAAACGGUACGUUCCAGUCCACGUGGUUGGGCGGCGGAUUCUUCGGGAACAUCGACAUGCAUAUGCAGUACAGUUUCAAUACGCAGGUCAAUACGUUCACCACACUACUGGGUCCCAGGGCGAGCAGGUACAUUUCUAAAUCUAACUUCCUUACCAGGGGACACCUCGCCGCUAGGUCCGAUUUCGUGCCGUACUUCUACGUGAACGCCGCGCCGCAGUGGAAUUCGUUCAACAGUGCCAACUGGAACACCAUGGAGAACAACGUACGUUCCUACGCUAAGAACAGGUUGGUCGACCUGGAAAUCUACACGGGCACUCACGGCAUCACGACGCUGCCCAACGCGAAUAAUGUCGAGACGCAGUUGUACCUUUAUGCUCACGGCAGGAGGUAUAUUCCAGUGCCGAAAAUUUUCUGGAAGAUCGUGUACAAUGUGAUCACUAAAGAAGCUGUGGUGCUCCUAGGCGUAAAUAACCCAUACGUUCACAAGCUAACCCCUGACUACAUAGUCUGCCCAGACGUGUGCCGCAACAUCAGCUGGCUGUCCUGGGACGCCAGCAACACGAGCAAGGGAUACUCGUACAGCUGCCAGUACGCAGAUUUCAAGGCAACCGUGCCCGAUGCGCCAAACAUCGUUGUGCACUCUCUGCUUACCUAACCCUUUCAGAUAGCAGCACUUCGUAUUGACUUUGGGAUAUCUAUAUUUCAGAUGGUGUACGGUCUUGUGGUUUCUUUAUAUGUAUAAUUCAAAUGAAUCUUCUUGGUGCCGUCUUUGUACAUCUAAUCCUGAAAUAAAAAUUCACAA